CCCGAUCUCUGCCGACGGCCCGACGUGUCGGGAAAUUGGAAUCGACUUGACCUUUGUGUCCGGCCGUCUUGUGCCAUAAGAGAAGACAGCCCGUCCCUGCGAGCUAUACUAGGCGCAAGUGCCGCGAUUCGAAGUUCGACGUGAAGUCAGACGGAAGACGAGAUGCAUCCGCUGUGACAUCCUAAUGCACCAGGAAAAUCGAGACGAGGGGGCAGUCCAUCGCUCAUCGAUACCGCACACUACCUCACUUUGAUCUACCUUAUCCUGGCUUUGAUGGACUGGGUGCCGUGCGACCGUCGUUUUAUGCAGCGCACGAUCCGAAUCCGGCGGAAGGAAGCAGUCUCCCACGCGGGCGCUCUUCGGGGUCCGAUGCUGUGGCCUUAGAUUGGCCUGCAUCGUGACAGUGUCAGGUGGAUUUUCAACGCACGCGAGGUCCUGAAACGUCGUGGCCUCUUUUUGGGAACUGUGGAUCACCGAUUGUAGGGGGAAGUGGGCAGGCUCGCUCUCGUCUGUAGGAGUGCAUCCGAGUCUGAUCAGCGAGCUGGAUAGAUUUCAUGUGAGGCUGGGUGGCCUGAUCCAAGGUGUUCCAUACAGGUU